AUGGCUCAAGUUUUUACUAUACUAUAUAUGAUCCCCGAUGUAGCGCAAUACCCACACCUCCGCUUUGACGGCGAUAACGUAUCCGACUGGAUUGAGCAGGUCGAUCGGAUCUUUGAGAGAGCUCGACUCAGUGAUGCUCAAAAGAUUGCCGAAAUCCAGUACUGGACUAAGGACAGGACGCAUCAGAAAAGGGUGGAGGACGCUAUCGAUCAACUUCACAGUUGGAGUGUUGCGGUAACGGCUCUGAAAAGUACCUUCGUAAUCGGAGACCCCAGACAACUACGAAGUGCAUACCAGCGCCUCAAAGACCUCUAG